AUGGGCUGGUGGGAUCUUGACAUGAACCACCAAGGAUCCGUGGGUCUUGGCCUCAGACAAGGGACUCAGGAUGAUGUUCUGGGCCUAGUUUUCGGACAGCCCAAAGGAGAGAAGGACAGUUGGGCAGUUAUUUCCGAAAAGGACCGGACCUGGACCGUGGUAAAGGAAAGAUGCCGUGAGGAUUCAAGCCAAGGGAAGAUGUGUGGUGAAUGGGUCAUUGUGGAUAGAUGUGAAGUUCAUGGGACUAACCGGUUUGUGUUUUCAACUCCUAAGGGAACUAAGAGAACAAAGUCAAGGAGGGGCAAGGAAGUGGCUGGUGCUUCUGUACCGGUUAUUGGAGAUGGGAUCAAUCCCACUCAAGUGUUGCCAACCCAGACGGGGCUGGUUAACAAUGAGACCGGGGAGCCCUUGGGGCCGAUCCUGCCUACUGAGGUUCAGGUAGAUAACCUGGGCGAGCAACAUGAGUUGGGAUGUGAAGAGGAAGGUGAAUCCUCCCAUGCAGGAGAUCAGACAGGUCAUGGAACGGGUGCAGUAGAGUUGGCCGAGCCGUCCAUGCGCGAGGUGUUGGACGUGGUUAAGGCCAUGGGCACUCAGAUGUUGGCAUUCACUCGAGCAUUAACCCCCUUGGAGAAUUCUUCUGUGGGUCAGGUCACACCAGCUCAGGCCACGGCUCAGGAAACUCGGAGGGCAGCUCAGACAGCUGGGGCAGCAGCAGGUGUAGCACAAGCAGCUGCACAGGUAGCUCGAACAGCUGCUACGACAGUUGAGGAUCGAGCUACGGUCGAAGCUGAUGUAAUGGAGAUUGACCCACCAGCUCGUCCAGCUAGGAGAGUGGAUUAUUUGAGCUUGCUAGCUCACAUCUCCAAGCUAGGUACGAAGCAGUUUGCUGGUAGUACCGAUCCUAUCGAGGCCGAUGAGUGGAGGAGCAGGUUAGCUCGGAACUUCAGCUCAACUCGUUGCCCAGAGGAGUACAAGAAGGACAUUGCAGUUCACUUCCUGGAAGGUGAUGCACACAACUGGUGGUUAGCUCUGGACAAACGCACCAAUGGGAGUAUUGAGCGUUUCUCAGACUUUGAGGUGGAGUUCAACCACAAGUACUUUCCAGCUGAAGCAUGGGAUCGUCUGGAGUCUCAGUUCCUGGACUUAACUCAGGGACGCAUGUCAGUGCGUGAGUACGAGGAGAAGUUCAACAGGCUCAGACGUUACGUAGGUAAGGAGCUGGAAGAGGAGACGGUACAGAUACGUAGGUUUGUCCGGGGCCUAAGGGUCGAGCUGCGAACCUACUGCUCGGUUGGUCAUUUCCAGACGGUGUCUGAACUCGUGGAGAGGAUGGCUAUGGUUGAGACUAACUUGGCCAAAGAGGCUAAGCUGAAAUCCAGGAGCCAUGUGUCUUCUGGUGGUUCCGGUAGUGAUCGGAAGAGGAAAAGAGACACGGCCGAGGAGGGUAGAACCUCAAGUGGUAGGCCUGAAUGUCCUAAGUGUGGGAGACGUCAUGGAGGCGAGUGCUGGAAGGCUAUGGGAGCUUGCACUCGUUGUGGCAAGAUGGAUCACUCAGCUCGGGACUGUCCAGGGCCGGAACAAGGCCGCAGACAGGGCUCAAGUGGGGGCGAUACCAGAGGAUGUCACCAUUGUGGGAAGGCGGGACAUUUCAAACGAGAAUGUCCCAAACUUCAAGCAAAACAGGAGAAGGGCCACGGGGAGGCAAGUAAGUCAAGCCAGAGCCGGGGCCAGACCUCUACGCCAAGGGUUUACAAGCUGUCCAAGGACGAGGACGAGACCAAACCAUUCAAGUCGAUCACUGGGACCCUAAGUAUUGGGGGUGUGGAAACACACGUGCUUUUCGACACUGGAGCCACACACAGUUUUGUGAGCCCAGGGUUAAUCGGAAAGGGUUUGUUCCAGAUUGGGACGGGGGGUGAUCCAUGCAUAGUAUAUGCAGCCGGUGGCCAAGUGAUGCAUUCAUUGGGACUGGUUAAGGACAUCCCAGUGAUGAUCCAGGACAGGGUAAUGCCCGUGGAUCUGGUUGUAGUCCCCCUUAAGAAUCACGAGCAAUCCAAGCAGAACGGAUGCUUGAGAAGGGUUGUGAGGCUUACUUGGCCACAAUCACCACUAAGGAGGUCGUGGGGGUGUGGUGACCCAGAUGGGAUACCGCUGGUCAGUGAGUUCGAGGAUGUGUUUCGGACGCUACAGGGCAUCCCCCCUGAUAGGGUCGAUCCGUUCAUAAUAGAACUGGAACCAGGGACGGCCCCAAUGUCUAAAAGUCCCUAUCGAAUGGCUCCUGCCGAGAUGGCUGAGCUAAAGAAACAACUUGAAGAGUUGUUGGACAAAGGGUUUAUAAACCCGAGUGUCUCGCCUUGGGGGGCACCAGUCCUGUUUGUUAAGAAAAAGGAUGGUAGCUUCAGGCUAUGUAUUGAUUACAGAGGAUUGAAUAGGGUGACUGUGAAGAACAAGUACCCAUUACCCAGGAUUGAUGAGUUGUUGGAUCAACUUAAGGGAGCCAAGUGGUUUUCCAAGAUCGACUUGGCCUCGGGAUAUCAUCAAAUCCCAACAGAGCCCAACGAUAUCAGGAAGACGACAUUCCGGACCAGGUAUGGCCACUAUGAGUUUGUGGUUAUGCCAUUUGGUCUGACCAAUGCUCCAGCUGCGUUCAUGAAAAUGAUGAAUGGUAUCUCUCGAGAUUUUUUGGAUGAAUUUGUAAUCAUCUUUAUAGAUGACAUACUGGUAUAUUCCAAAAGCAAGGAAGACCAUGAGAGGCAUCUGAGGGCAGUAUUGGAACGGCUAAGAGAACAGCAACUCUUUGCUAAGUUAAGCAAGUGUAGUUUCUGGCAGAGGAGCAUUGGGUUCCUUGGGCACAUUGUCUCAGACCAAGGAGUGUCUGUAGAUCUGGAGAAGAUUCAGUCUAUCCGGGCUUGGCCGCAACCUAAGAAUGCUACGGAGGUCAGAAGCUUUCUGGGGUUGGCUGGCUACUACAGAAAGUUCGUCAAAGGGUUUGCGAGUUUGGCUCAACCCAUGACACAACUCACAGGCAAGGACGUGAAGUUUGUCUGGACAGGGAAGUGUGAGGAGUGUUUCACGGCCCUUAAAGACAUGUUGACAAGUGCGCCAGUUCUGGUACUACCUGAGGUGGAUCAACCUUAUGUAGUAUACACGGACGCGUCCAUCACAGGGUUGGGGUGCGUCCUGACUCAACAUGGUAAGGUGAUUGCCUAUGCUUCAAGACAACUAAGGAAGCAUGAAGGAAAUUAUCCGACCCAUGAUUUGGAGAUGGCGGCCGUGGUGUUUGCAUUGAAGAUCUGGAGAUCGUAUCUAUAUGGUGCUAAGGUACAGAUCCUUACCGACCAUAAGAGCCUCAAGUACAUAUUCACUCAACCAGAGUUGAAUUUGAGGCAGAGACGAUGGAUGGAGUUUGUGGCAGACUAUGAUUUUGAUAUUGCUUACCACCCUGGUAAAGCAAAUUUGGUAGCAGAUGCUUUGAGCCGUAGGAGGGCCGAGGUAUCAGCUGAGAAGGAAGCAGAGGUGUUGGAAGGGAUGGUCCGGUCUUUGCAUCUGAACACUUUGGCCAGCGAGGACGAGCCUUUGGGUUUAGAGGCAGUAAACCAGGCUGAUCUCCUUACCAGGAUCAGGCAAGCACAAGGCUUGGACGAGAACCUACAAAAGGUUGCUCAGAACGAACUGACUGAGUACCAGAUCAUGUCAGAUGGAACCAUUCUGGUACGAGGUCAAGUCAGUGUACCCAAUGAUAAGAAUCUGAGGGAAGAAAUUAUGAGGACCGCUCAUAAAUCCAAAUUCUCAAUACAUCCUGGUGCAACAAAGAUGUAUCAAGAUCUUAAGAGAUACUAUCAUUGGAUACGAAUGAAGGUAGACAUAGCUGAGUGGGUGGCCAAGUGUGCUACUUGCCAGUUAGUCAAGGCGGAGCAUCAGGUUUCGAGUGGGUUGUUACAAAGCUUACCCAUUCCGGAAUGGAAGUGGGAUCACAUCGCAAUGGAUUUUGUGACCGGUUUCCCCACAACCACGAAAAGGAAUGAUGCGGUUUGGGUGGUAGUAGAUAGACUCACCAAAUCAGCACACUUCCUGCCCUUGAAGAAAACAGAUGGGGUCGACCAGAUCGUGGUCAAGUACAUGGACGAGAUCGUGCGGCUACAUGGUGUUCCAUCUAACAUUGUGUCAGAUAGGGACCCGAGGUUUACUUCACGUUUCUGGAAGGCUUUCCAAAAGGCCUUAGGAACGAGAGUGAACAUGAGCAUGGCUUACCAUCCCCAGACGGAUGGGUAGUCAGAACACACAAUCAGGACACUAGAGGAUAUGCUAAGGGCAUGUGUCCUGGAUUGGGGCGACUCAUGGGAAAAACACCUACCAUUGGUGGAGUUUGCAUACAAUAACAGCUUCCAUCGUAGUAUUGGCAUGUCCCCCUAUGAAGCCUUAUAUGGGCGGCCAUGCAGGACACCAUUAUGCUGGACCCAAGUGGGGGAGCGCAGCAUGAUAGGGCCUGAGAUAGUUGAGGAAACAACUGAGAAGAUCAAGUUCAUUCAGGACAAGAUGAGAACAUCACAAGACCGGCAGAAGCAUUAUGCUGACAAACGUCGGAAAGAACUUGAAUUCGAAGUUGGUGAUAUGGUGUACAUGAAGAUGAUAACCUUCAAAGGAAGGGUGAGAAUCUCAGGUAGGAGGAAGUUAGAUCCGAGAUACUUGGGUCCAUUCCAAAUUGUUGAGAGAGUGGGAGCAGUGGCGUACAAGUUGGAUUUGCCGUCCAAGAUGGAUGCAUUUCAUAAUGUGUUCCAUGUCUCUCAACUAAGAAAGAGCCUGUCGGAUCAGGAUGUCUUCAUACCAGAGAUUCCUUCUGAUCUAGGGACGAACCUCACCUUAGAAACAAGGCCGGUUCGGAUCAUGGACAGAAUGGAGAAGACGACUAGGAAUAAAACAACCCAAAUGCUCAAGGUGAUUUGGGAGAGCAAUGGGCGAGAAGAAAUAACUUGGGAGACAGAGGCAAGAAUGAAAGCUGAGUUUCCUGACUGGAUGAAACAAUUCGAAGAAGAAGUACUUGGUGCGGAUUCGAGGACGAAUCCAUAUCAAGUGGGGACGAAUCCAUAUCAAGUGGGGGAGACUUGUAGCAUCCCUGAUCCUAGAUAGGAUCGUUGGGACGAGCCAUGGUGCGAGGAGACGCACCAGUCAGGUCAUCAGACCUAAGGACAAGCGUAUCAUGGCUCAAAGACAAGGUUAAGGGCAUCAGGAAGCUGAGACUUAACCAGGAUGAAGUAAAAGGAAACUUAAGAGAGCUGGGUGAGUGACCGGUAGCUGGACAAAGGCCGAGAGCAAGCUCAACCAGCUGAUGAUAGUAUGGAGUUAGCUCAUUCAGUCUUGGGUAGCUCACUGGAGCUGAUAGACUAGCUCACUCAGCUGGGAACAGUUGGUCACGAGCUCAACUCAGCUCGAUGGAGUGUUAUGGUCCGGGCCGGUGUGGUCGGGCCAUGGGCGGUUAUGGGCUGGUGGGAUCUUGACAUGAACCACCAAGGAUCCGUGGGUCUUGGCCUAAGACAAGGGACUCAGGAUGAUGUUCUGGGCCUUGUUUUCGGACAGCCCAAAGGAGAGAAGGACAGUUGGGCAGUUAUUUCCGAAAAGGUGCAAAAGGGGCAGUUUUGUGCCCUUUCUCUCUAACUGCUUGUGCCGGUUUAUCCAGGGCAGUUGGGGCUCAGUUUCUCUAUAAAUAAAGAGUCCCUGGCACAGAUAAUGGCACGAAAUUCCUUAGGCAAAGCUCUGCCAAAAUCGUACCAGAAAGAUAAAGAGAGAGAGACCGGCGGUUGUGAGAGGAGGACCGUGUGGAGUGGUGUGAUCUUGCUGGCGUGUUCUGAUCGUGGGAAGACCAGGCCGUAUAGAUGGAUACCAGACAGAGGGACAAAGAGAAGGAGAAGGAGAAGGACGUGCCUCCAGGGGAAAGAACUCCUAAGGUUAGUGGUGUAGACUGCAAGAGACGGCCCCGGGCCUGCGGAUGAACCGUAUGGACUUGUGGUCGGAUUGCUUGGCAGAAACAUCCAUUCUCUUUACUUCUUCUGAAUCUGUUUUUAUAUUAUGUCAUGUGAUGUUAUUGGAUUGAUGGAGACAGGGAACGCUGAACCCAGGCCUUGGUCGGUUCAGAGACUAAGCCUUAGGCAACAGCCGGGCUGUUCUAUGAUCGGAUCUCAUACCUUGGGUUGGAUCGGUUGAGAUCUGAUUAUGGGAAUCUCUUAGUUAGGAAUUAUCAUGAAUUGUCAUGAAUUUUAUUUAGUUUUUGGGAAUUUAUUUAGGUAGGUCCAUUCUGGACAGACCCUAGUUCUUAGGAACGAACCAUGCAAUCUUAGACUUGAUGAUUAGGUUAUCGGCCUGUUGUGUUUAUCUUGUGGUUUGCGUGGUUUCAGGACCGGACCUGGACCGUGGUAAAGGAAAGAUGCCGUGAGGAUUCAAGCCAAGGGAAGAUGUGUGGUGAAUGGGUCAUUGUGGAUAGAUGUGAAGUAUUGAUAGCCUAUUGUGCAAACUGUGAACUUAUGAUAGAUUAAGUGUGUAAACCUAUUAGUAUGAAUCUAUGGAUGAUGUAUGGAUCUCAUUUAUUAUAUAUACAAUCCGAUUUGCCUU